AUGGCUGCUACAAAGUUCCUCGCUUUGCUUCUGCAAGGCCUAAUCCUGUUCUCAGCGAAGGUUCAUGAGAAGCUGGAUGAGGCCACAUGGAAGCGCAUGGAGGAGCACGAUAAGGAGAUGAACCAGGAGAUGACUCAUCUGAUGGAGGAGAUGGACAGGAGAAGCAGACCUCAGUGGAACCUGGUGCCCAUGGUCCUGCAACAGAUGGCUCAGGAGCAGAGCAACAUGACCCAGCGAGCUGUACUCUUUGCUGCCAUUGCUGGAGUCCUCGUCCUCCUGUUUUGGCUCUGCUUGCGCAUCAGGAAAAGACACUGUGAGGAAGACUCAGUCCACAGGAUGUAUGAGAUCUCAGACAUCAGCACAGAUGAGGAGGAUGAGGAAGAAAAGGAUGUAGGAGACAGGAUUUUUGCCAGGCGCAUCCAGUGGCCUGUGCAGAAAAUGAUCUCCAGGAGCCAGGUGGUGAAGGAGCUGAUGGAUGACCUCGUGCAGGUCUUGCGACUGCGUCUGUCAAAUACCUUCUUGCCAAAGCUGCAGCCUGCCAUUGGUGUGGGCAGCUCAUUUGAAGGAUGGAGUCCCUAUGAGGUUAACGAUGUUAUCUACCACCUGCUUGUGCCCCUGAAGCCCCCCAUUGGGCACAAGUUCUGCCUGCAGCCACUGGGCAGCAGGUGGCAGAGGCCAGCCAGGGACUCCCGCAUCCGUGUGGAGCUGGAAUGCAGCUGUGAGAGACAGAACAGGCUAUGCUUACUCCACCACAGUAGGAGGCAGGGGAGGAGGAUUAGGAAGGCACCCAAGAUCCUAGAUAUCCUCUGUACCCACUCAUACCUAGAUGUGGAGAAAGUUGCUGACUGGUUCAAGGACUUGGUGAAGAAAUCCUGGAAGGAGGUGCCUCAGGCACACCACUACAAGAUGAAGGUGCUGCCCUACAGCCACAACUCCUGCCUGCUGCAGCUGAAAAGUGCCUCCAGGAGUACCUUCAUUCUUGAGAUCUUGUUUGGGGUGCAGCAAGGUGACUCAGACAUCUUCCUCAGCAGCCCUCCUGAAGCAGACACCAACACUGAAAGCACGGUGUGGACAAUGAGCUACCUUGUGGCAGAGGGGAAGUUCUUCAGCCAUAUUGCCAAACAGGUCCCAUGUGGCAGCUACCACCUCAAAUGCCUGCAUCUCUGCACCUCUGUCCUGGAGGGCACAGACAUUUCCCCCUAUAUCAUCAAGACAGUUGUCAUGCACCUCCUCAACACCAAACCCGUGUCAGGCUGGUGCAAACGGGACUGCAUUAUGCGGCUGGCAGAUAUCACGAGGUACCUGCACUGCUGUCUGGAACAGAAGAAGCUCAACUUCUUCUUCUAUGGCAAUACAGAGAUGCCCAGGGAGAUCAUCUUGCCUCCAGCCUUCCAAACAUAUGAGCCACACAACCUCUUGCAACAUCUGGUUCAGAAUCCGGCUGCCCACACCGAGGCAUUGAGACAGUUUGAGGAGAUUCAGGACAAGCUCAUGACCAGGCUGUACCAGGGGGUCUUAAACAGCAGACGAGCAUCUACAGCCAUGCAAUGA